AUCAUUCCAGAUGCCAUAGCAGGGCUCGAAUAUCUAGAGGAACUCCGUCUUUCUUCCAACCUUCUGGUCUCAUUGCCUGAUUCCAUUGGACUGCUGUCUAAUCUUAAGGUUUUAGAUGUAUCAGGUAACAAGCUCAAGGCAUUGCCAGAUAGCAUUUCGAGGUGCAGAUCCCUGGUCGAGCUGGAUGCAAGCUACAAUGAACUCACUUAUCUGCCAACUAACAUUGGCUAUGAGCUAGUUAAUCUGGAAGAGCUUUGGAUCCACCUGAAUAAGAUUCGCUCUCUUCCCACAUCUGUUUGUGAGAUGAGAUCGUUGCGCCUUCUGGAUGUGCACUUUAAUGAACUUCGGGGACUGCCUUAUGCUAUAGCGAAAUUGACAAAUCUUGAAACUCUAAACAUAAGCAGCAACUUCAGCGAUCUGCAAGAGCUGCCUCCCACAUUUGGUGAUCUGAGCAACCUCAGGGAACUUGAUCUCAGCAACAAUCAGAUCCAUGCACUGCCAGAUACAUUUGGUCGUCUAGAUAAACUGACUAAGCUUAACUUGGACCAGAACCCACUGAUUAUUCCACCGGCAGACAUUGUGAAUGAAGGUGUGGAAGCAGUCAAGGAAUACAUGGCAAAAAGAUGGGUUGACAUUUUACUAGAGGAAGAGAAAAAGAGCGUGUCUCAAGAAAACACACCUCGAGCUGGUUGGCUGACACGGAGCACUUCAUGGUUGAGUGAUGUGGUUUCUGGAGUUUCUGGAAGUGUUGCAGAUUAUCUGGGUACUAAAGAGAAAAACAGAGAUCCAAUUCUUGAUCAGCAGUUGUGAUUUCAUUUUCAUGCAGCCUUGGUAUGGUUAGUUUCAUUAGCAUGUACAGUUUUUUUGAUCACUGCAAUACUGGGAAUUAGAUGCCCAUCUCAGAAACUGUGGCAUUCU